GCAUCCAUGUCAACAAAAGCAAGACGUCGCCUGAUGAACGAUUUUCGCAAGAUCCAGUUGGAUCCACCUCCGGGCGUCUACGCUGUCCCCUUAGACGACAAUAUUCUCAAGUGGCACGCCGUUAUUUUGGGUGUAGAUGGUACGCCGUUUGAUGACGGCAUUUUCAAAUUGACCAUGGAAUUUACCGAAAGUUACCCCAAUGUCCCGCCUACAGUGCGAUUUGUCUCCAAAAUGUUCCACCCGAAUGUGUAUGCUGAUGGCAGCAUCUGUCUGGACAUAUUACAAAACAUGUGGUCUUCAUCUUACAACAUAGGAGCUAUUCUCACUUCCUUACAAUCCUUAUUGGGCGACCCCAACCCGAAUUCCCCGGCAAACGCCACUGCUGCAGAACUGUUCGAGGAGGACAAGAGGCAGUAUGAGCGCAAAGUGAGAGAAAUAGUGGAAGAAUCGUGGCGAUGUGAUGAUCCGAUUGAGGAAUGCGACUCCUGAUUGAUUUUCUAUUUUCAUGAAUGUGGAACCUCGCUAAUCUCUUCGGCUGAUCCCCACCAUUUGACCUGGCACCCCUGUCCACUUUCAAAUGGGCACUUCCGGCUGUUUGCUCUGCUCCACGAAGAAAUUCCCACGGAGAAUUCUGUCCAUUGAUUUAAUUCUUUGCAAAAUUAGCAUCGAUUAUAUUCAAAAGUUUGUUCACGCAUUACUUUAUUUGUGAAUGAAUUGGGGUCUCAUUGUUUUGCAUUGGGAGCGCCGCACAAUUUGUUUUGUUCAGCGACUUAUCUUACCGUAUGUCGUUUUCAGCGCUAGUUUGACGCGUUGAGCCACUGUGGUCUGUUUUUAUCUUUGUAUUGUCUCAUCUUGUUUCGUCACAUAAACUCUACGCUUGACA